CCUCCCCGCGCCGCCCCGGCACUUUGUUCCCGGCGCGGAGCCGCCGCGCUCGCCGCUGCCCGGAGCCCUGCGGCAGCGGCGCAGCCCCCUGCGGAGCCCGGCGGUGCCCGGGACCCCCUCCACCACCACCAGUGCGCGGCGCAUCGGCGGCCGCGGGAGCACGGCACGCCUGGGAAGUUACAGACGAUCAACACUGCUUGGAGCAUGUAAAUAAUGCAGUACCUUGCCUGACAUACUGGGGAGACUUCUCGAGUUUCUCACUUCAUCGGCUCUCCUGCAAACAACUGAUAAAGGUCGAUUUCCAGUUAGACUGUGAAAAAUUUCCUUUUGGGCAGCCCCCUUCAAAGCGCCCCUGGAGAGAUGUCAGCCACUUGAGCCAGAUCAAGCAGUGGAAGGGACAGCAUCUACCUAGGCUGCAGUUCCCAUCCCAGGCACAUGGCAUCUGCAUAAGUGGUCACUGAUCAUUUCCUUCCGUAAGUGACGAUAAGAAUGAAUGGACAUAUAUCAAACACCCCUCCUGGUGGAUAUGGAAGUUAUUCUCCCCAGAUCAAUGGCUAUGGCUCACCAACAUUUGCUCAGGCAGAGAGGGAGCAGAGUUCAAGAACAAGUGCAAAAGCUCUUUAUGAACAAAGAAAGAAUUACGCACGGGACAGUGCCAGCAGCAUAUCUGAAACAUCGCACUAUCAUGUGGAGCACUUGACCACCUUUGUUUUGGACCGAAAAGAGGCAAUGAUUACAGUAGACGAUGGAAUAAGGAAGCUGAAAUUACUGGAUGCUAAAGGCAAAGUGUGGACUCAAGAUAUGAUUCUUCAAGUGGAUGACAAAGCUGUCAGCUUGGUGGACUUGGAAUCGAAGAAUGAACUGGAGAAUUUUCCUUUAAGCACAAUUCAGCAUUGCCAAGCUGUGAUGAAUGCAUGCAAUUACAAUUCUAUUCUUGCAUUAGUAUGUAAAGAACCAACCCAAAACAAGCCAGAUUUGCAUCUUUUCCAGUGUGAUGAGAUUAAGGCUAGCUUUAUUCAUGAAGAUAUUGAAAGUGCAAUCAGCGACAGCAAAAGUGGAAAGCAGAAGAAAAGGCUUGAAACACUGAGGAUGAUAUCCAAAGCUGACAGUGCCAUCCCUCCGCCCCCGCGGGCACCUGCCCCUGUGCCGCCGGGGACCAUCACGCAGGUGGAUGUGCGAAGCCGAGUGGCGGCAUGGUCUGCGUGGGCGGCCGAGCAGGGGGACUUUGAAAAACAAAGACAGUACCAUGAGCAUGAAGAAACAGCAGAAAUGAUAGCAGCCAGGAUUGACAGAGAUGUUCAAAUUCUGAACCAUAUUUUGGAUGACAUUGAAUAUUUUGUUACCAAACUUCAAAAAGCUGCUGAAGCAUUUGCGGAACUUUCAAAGAGGAAGAAAACUAAGAAAAGUAAAAAGAAAGGACCUGGCGAGGGAGUUCUUACCCUCCGUGCAAAGCCACCACCUGCAGAUGAGUUUGUUGACUGCUUCCAAAAAUUCAAGCAUGGCUUCAAUCUUGUGGCCAAAUUGAAGUUGCAUAUCCAGAAUCCUAGUGCAGCUGAAUUGGUUCAUUUUCUCUUUACACCACUACAUAUGGUGGUGCAGACAACAGGAGGUCCAGAGCUUGCUAGUACAGUACUCAGCCCCCUCCUAACGAAGGAUACUAUAGACUUCCUGCGGUUUACUGUCACCAGUGAAGAAGGGCAGUUGUGGAUGUCGUUGGGUGACACGUGGACCAAAGCUAGAGCGGACUGGCCCAAAGACCACUUUAUCCCACCCUAUGUCCCUCGUUUCCGAAAUGGCUGGGAGCCUCCUUUGCUGAACUUCAUAGGAGCUCCAAAGGAACAAGAACUCAAUCAUUUGGCUGAGUCUGUGGCAAACGUUGCAGAGCAGCAGCGGAAACAAGAAAUGAGAAGAUUGUCAACUGAGCCUCCUGGCGUUCCCGACUACCCCCCGUCCGAUGGGUAUGCAUUCAGUAACACCAUUUACAAAAGAGGGCCUCUGCUGGACCAAGGGGCCGCUGUUGCUGCCUUUAAGCAAACUGUUAGCCGGCAUGUAGAUAGAAACUAUGAAGCACACAGUAAAGCACAGCCCAAGAAAUAUGCCAAAUGCAAGUAUGAGUUUAUGGCAAGAAACAACAGUGAGCUUUCUGUCAUGAAGGAUGAGAUUGUGGAGAUUCUGGAUGACAGGAAGCAGUGGUGGAAGGUUCAGAAUAAAAGCGGCAGUACAGGCUUUGUGCCAAACAACAUUUUGGACCCACUGAGAAAUCAAGAAGGUGGUCCAGGAUGGUCAGAACCCGCAUAUACCCGCACCAUCCAGAAACAAAGGAUGGACCAUGUUGCAAAACAACCUGACCCGGUUCCCGUUACUCCUUCGCCACCUCCAACACCCGCUCCUGUCCCUGUGGCCGUCCCGCUCCCUCCCAGUGCACCAGCGCCGAUACCCGUUCCUGUGCCCAAAGCACCAGCAACCAUCAGCCGCCAGAGCAGCACAUCGAGCGACAGCGGUGGCAGCAGCGCGGCACGCGACAGCCAGAGGCACAAGCAACCUCCUGUGGAUCGCAGGAAAUCCCAGAUGGAGGAGGUGCAGGACGAACUUAUUCACCGGCUCACCAUCGGCCGGAGCGCUGCCCAGAGGAAGUUCCACGUGCCACGACCAAACAUCCCUGUAGUUAAUAUUACUUACGACUCGUCACCUGAGGAUGUCAGAGCGUGGCUGCAGUCCAAAGGGUUCAACCCUGUGACCGUUAACAGCCUCGGCGUGCUGACGGGAGCGCAGCUUUUCUCCCUCAAUAAGGAGGAACUGAGGACCGUGUGCCCGGAAGGGUCUCGAGUCUACAGCCAAAUUACGGUACAGAAAUCUGCCCUAGAGGCUAACAGUGGUAGUUCAGAACUGCAAGAAAUUAUGAGAAGACGGCAAGAAAAAAUCAGUGCAGCUGCCACAGAUUCAGGAGUGGAGUCCUUUGAUGAAGCAAGCAGCCACUAGACAUCUUUCCUCUUAAGUCCAUUGUUCCUAACAUUAUACCAUCAUGCUUUGCUUUAGGAAGCAGUGAAGAAGUCUUAUUACCUUGUAAACGUGACUAAUCACCAUAAAGAAAAUUUACACUUAGUUUUCACAGAAAUACCUGCUGUUGGCUUCUCAUGAUUCAGAAUGAAUAGAUGAGAAAUGCAGUGAAAGUUCCUGACAGGUGAAAAUAUUGGCACUUGAAUUGCUUACACCCAAAGAAAAGUCUUGGCUUUAUGGAAGUAACCAUUCCAUGAUAGAUAAAACUGAAACAUGUCUUUGUUUUGGAUUCAUCCUAGUGAAGCUCAGCCAGCAAUAAAAAGCAUUCGAACCCUAAAGUAAUAGUAAGAUUUUGAAUUCCACCUCCUGAUGUAGUUUGCAAUUCAUCUACAGGAUGUUUAGUUAAGUCAUUGGUGCCAGCAAUCAAAGAGGAAAAGUUUAGAGAAUGAACAGCAGCCCAAACAUAGACUGAAUCUUUCUUGCACCACUCUUGAGAUGUUUUAUUACUAAUGAUGCUGUUUAUGGCAAAAUAAUACUCUGUACUUUGAUUUUAUCAAUGCUUCACUCAUGAUGAACCAUAAUAUUACACAGCAAGGAAUAAAUAAAAAAGUGACACAAGUCAGCUGAAAGAGGUGAUCAGAUCUGCUGUAGGUAGCCAUGAAAGAAUUUGCAGUAUAUUUUUUAAUAGACUUGCAUUUUUUGUUUGUAACUUAACCUGUCAAAAGAACAGUGUAUAAUCUAGACUUCUUUCUGUGUUGAUCCCACAUGUCGAUUUUUCUUAUGUAAAAAGUUGUUAUUGUUCCUUUAUAGACUUAAGCUUUUGAAAAAAUGGAUUCCUGGAAGCAGAAGGGGGAGAAAAGGAACAUCCCUUCCAGCAGAUAUUUUUGAAGAUGCAAUGAUUUUUUUUGUCACAAAAAUAUUUGUUUCACAUGGUCUUGUGAUUUUAUAUAUAAUAUAUGUAUUAUAUAUAAUAUAUAAUAUCACUUAAUUUAGACAUUUAAUCGUCUAGUUUGAUUAAGUUUCAUAGUGCCUUUUUCACAUGAAUCAGCUUAGUCUGCAAUAAACAGUAUUUCCUGUCUGUUAAAUUGUUGUAUCUUUGUGACUACAAAGAUGGUAUUGAAAUAAGAAAGUGUUCUUGAUUUUUGCCAUUAGUUUGCUCUUCCUCUGCAUACAAGGAAAAAAAGAAUCAUAUUCAUUUUUCAUAAAAGAAAAAUUCUAAUCUUAAUAAAGGUGUUUAGUGCCAUUCAUUGUAAAUGUCCUUACAAAUAUUGCUGUGUGUUGGUUAUAUGUCUAUAUAUAUAUAUAUAUAUACAUAUGUAUAUUUUUACAUUUAAUAUAUAUUCUUAUGCCUGUUAAAAGUACAUAGGUGCUACACCUGUCAUUUAAAUGUAGUCUUUCCAGAAUUGGAUCAGGAAGUGAAGAACCCCAAACUGAAGUCUGCAAGCACCAUAGCAAUGACCAAGAUGGAUUCUUGUCUUACUAAGUUGAGGAAACAAUUAUUCUUGAUUGCCUUCUCUCUAUACAAAACAUUUUAACCAGAACAUCUUUUUGAUAACUGCAUCUAGUUAACCUAUAUACAUAACUUUAUGGGAUAAAAUUGUCAAUCUCCCCACGUGUCCUGUCAUCAAAGGUCAAGUCCAGUCCUCCAAAGACUUGAAUUAUUCUCUGAUUCAAAUUUAAAAUUUUCUCUUCCUCAUCCUCUUUAACAAGUGUCUGUACUUAGCCCAAAAAGUGUUCGCUGUACAGCAAAGUGCCCUAUGCUGGGUGAUGAAUGACUAACGAAAUAAAGGAAAAUCUGAAGCUA